AUGGACGAAGCCGUGUGCAGUUUCUGCCAACCUGAAAAAGAAAAGAUGCUCUCUGUAAUAGGCAAUGAUAGGCCAUUGAGAGAGCUAUAUGGAGGUUUUAGAGGCUCUUACCUCCUUUCAAGAACAACCAAUAUUUUUGCAGAUUUAAAUCAAGAAUACCUUGACAUUCCAUUCGGGAGAUCGCCGGGUACGCCGGGUCUCCACGGCUCGAACCAGAGGACCAAGAGGAUGAGGACCUCGUUCAAACACCACCAGCUCAGGACGAUGAAGUCGUACUUCGCGAUUAACCACAAUCCAGACGCCAAGGAUCUGAAGCAGUUGUCGCAGAAGACCGGGUUGCCGAAAAGAGUACUACAAGUUUGGUUCCAAAACGCCAGAGCAAAAUGGCGACGGAUGAUGCUAAAGCAGGAGGGCAAAUCCGGCGAGAAAUGCUCGGGUUCGGAAAGCAUCAGCGACAUGGAGAUGUACGGAGGUCCCGGAGGGCCCGCUUCCAUCGGCAUGCAGCCUCACAGUCCUCCGUUCCUGCUACCGGGUGGCGCUGGAAGCCCGUCCAGUCUAGACUGUUCCUGAGCUGGCGGUGUUGCCGGGUAGUGUCGUGUCUUAAAGAUUAAUCCCGACUAGGUAUUUUGUGGUGUCGGUUUGUAAGUCCCAGUUUUUCGGUUGUGUAAAUUGAUAUGAAAGUCAAAAUUGCAUCAAUUUUCUUCUUAUAAGUCGUUGAAAUUUAAUACAAGUUUCUACAAAAAACUAGAAUAUCUCGUAGAUAGAAUUCUUCCUAAAAGAACUCCGUUUUUUUUUUCGUUGAGAAUUUGAAUUCAAUUUCACUUAUUUCUUUAAUAUUAUGUAAAUUUGAACAAAAUUUACUAGAAUACAGUCAAACAUCCAAUGAUUUUCGUGAAAAUGAACACAAUAAUUAAUUGACUCUUGUCAUAUCUAUAAAUUUAUAAAUCUCCACAAAAUUCCUCGUCUGGAGUGACUUUAAACGGUUAUUGGUUAAGUAUGGUUGAAUGAUGCACAGAUUAGAAACUUAAGUAAAUUAUUGAAGUAAAAUGAAAAACAAUUGUUCCUAAUAAUAAACUAGAGUAAGUGUAUGCUGUAUCAUCAGAACUAAUUGAUAUCUGUUAUAUCGUAAUUUGGUUUGUUUUAAAUUAUGUUUAUAGCUUUGUGGCGGUUUCAUUUCUUAAAAAAAAUCUGUGUAUUUUGCCACUGAAAUUUCAAUACUAAGUUUAAUUUUAGCAAAAGAAAUAGAACAUCUUUCUUCGUUUUCAGAAGCAAAAAGCUAAACAAAAAAAUAAAGAAAAAUUAUUUAUAAUGCCUAAAUGUAUGAUAUAGUAAUUUAUUAAUUUUGUGAAACAACAAAAAAUAUUAAAAAUCUCAGAAAAAAAAAAAUUCUUUAUACAGACAUUUUACGAAUUUUAGUUUUACCUCAUUGUGUUUGUAUUAAAAAACUAAACUGUUCCAGUAGUAGAUAGGUUUAGAUAUUUUAAAAAGUUUUUCUUUAUUCUUUUUGUAUCUUUUACCUGACGACGGGAGGAGAAAUAGCCUUAGAAACUUUUAAGCACUUUUUUGGGUUUAGGCAAAUUUAUUUACGAGCAAAAUGCCACUGACAAGGCUCUUUUCCAUUUGAAGGGUCAAGGGGAAAAGUAUGAUAAGCACCAAUUUUUUAAUUUUAGAGUUUUACCAUAUUAUAGUUAGGGAAUGCAAUCCCGCACCAAAAUCUCAAU